AUGCAUACAUCGCGCCUUCUUCAGGACUCGCUGCCCUUCUUCGGCAUCACCGCAGCGUUGGCUGCAGGCCACAAGAACCUCAUCAUCGACACAGAUCUCUUUAGCGACUGCGAUGAUGCAUCGGCCCUCCUUCUUGCUGCUACCAGUCCCAGUGUGAACCUGCUCGCCGUCAACAUCAACUACCCCUCUUCCUACUCAGCCCUCGCAGCAUCCGCCAUCCUCUCCCAUUACGGCCAAGGCGAGGUCCCCAUCGGCAUCUCGAGGCCGAUUUCUAACGAAACAUUUAUCGACACAUGGUCAUACUCACUGGGCGAGUUCGCCACCAAGGUCGCGUACCAGUGGCGCUGCGACGACUGCGCCGUGCGGUGGGGCCACGUAGAAAACGAUACCUGGGACCCGGUGGCUCUUUACCGCAAGACGCUCAGCGAGGCGGCGGACGGCAGCGUGACCAUCGCGUCGAUAGGGUUCCUCAACAGCCUCUCCGGCCUGCUCAACUCGUCCGGCGACCCGUACUCGGAGCUCACCGGCCCGGAGCUCGUCGGGAGGAAGGUCGCUGAGCUGGUCGUCAUGGGAGGCGGCUACCCUAGCGGACACGAGUUCAACUUCUGGGGUUAUGGCCCUUCGGCGACGGCGCACGUCGUCAACAGCUGGAGGGGCCCUGUGGUCUUCUCCGGUGCCGAGCUCGGUGGCAACGUCAGCAGCGGAGGUGACCUGAUGGCUCGUGGCCCGGCGAGGGAUCCGGUUCGUGCGGCAUAUCUCUACUACACGUACAACACAUCACGAUUCUCAUGGGAUCCCCUCACCAUGCUGUAUGCUGCAGACGGUCUUGGACAGCUAUUCGAGUUCGGCAACGACGGCGGAUACAACUUUGUAUACGCCAACGGCUCCAACGAGUGGAUAGAGGAUGCGAACGUCAAGAAUCAACAGUGGCUGAAACUCAAGGUUGACAAUGCCACAGCGGCAAGUUCCUUGGACGAGAUGAUGGUUAAAGCCUCCUGGUCUGUUGCCACCAAUUCUACUGAGAUGCCGACGUCCGAGAGAGCUUCACAUUCGGCGAAACGUGCAACCCGGCCACGCCAGUACACCCUACACCAUCAUGAAGAGCUGUGA